AGAAGGGCGACGUGUUGCUGUCAGUGAAUGGACAGUCGCUAUUGGGGCUGACCCACGGACAGGCAGUAGCACUGCUGAAGGCCACUGCGGAGCUGGCGGGAGUCACACUUUCCCUGCUGGAUGGUCCUGAGACGUCGCUGGGCUCAGCCAAUUUUGUGCCAUCUUGGUUGUACUGGCAAAAGUUGCCACGUUCCUUGCAUGUAUCUAAGAGCGUUGUGCUUCACCGGGCUCCUGGUGCUUCCCUUGGCUUCAGCAUAGUUGGUGGGUCUGACCCCCAGCGUGGUGCUGAACCCAUCCACGUCCUCUUCGUGGUUCAGUCGUCCCCAGCUGCUAUAGAUGGUAAGCUGCGUUGUGGCGAUAGACUUCUUUCCGUCGAUGGUCACUCACUGGAACAGGUGCGCCACGCCUCAGCUGUCAGUCUCUUGAAGCAAGCUGGACAGAGAGUACAUCUGGAGGUGGUGUCUUGGCUGGGCACAGAGUUGUAAAUUAUUAAUUAAAAUCUUACCAUCCUCAAGCUUGCUGAAUAUACUGCACAACUUAAUGACACUUUAGUUUCUCACUGCUGCAGCCUCUUUAUUUCCCUGUCUCAGGAGAACAGUUUGUCCAACAGGAGGCCAAGUGGUAGAGUGUCGUGGUGUUGUGUCAGCCAGUCCUCAGGUGCUUGACGGCGGGUGAGUGAGGUAGGCGUCAGGACCGCAGCAGGGAGCCACCAGCUGCUACAGGGAUUAUUUAGUGCCUUCUGGAUAACACCAACACUUGUUAGUAGAUAACUGUCGUCUUUAGUGAGGAAUAUUCCCACUAUCCUUCAACUACAGUAGCUGUGAUGUCAUAUAGGGUUCCUCUCCAAGAAGAACUAGUCCUAUUUGUCUUAGGGGCCAAAGGUGACGGGAAGUAGACUAAGUUAAUUUAGCCAACAGUUAUAGAAUGUAAACAUCUUCUCUAUAAAUAAUAAUAAGAGAAAUUAAAACCGUAAAGGAAACGGAGAAACUCCAUACUGACGCGCCCUAAGUUAAUGAUUCUGAUAUAAAGGUUUAGAAUUUUGUUGUUGAUUAUUAGCAGUUUAGUUAAUUGUGGGUGAUUUGUUGUUUGUCCUGUGUGAGGAUAACGUGUUCGUGUGUACGUCCACUAGGCGCCUUGUUAAGUACAGUACUGAAGUCUUUUACUGUACUAGUUGUUACACCUGGCGAGUUGGUAGAGUUCUCUUAGAAAUGGCUAAUAGUAACAAUAGUUUUUGUUUAGAAGUAACAGUAAACUUUUAUUAUUUAUAUUACUAUGCAUAGCCAGUUUGUAGUGAUCUUGUUUUAAACAAGAAUUGUUCCUAACACAUCAAAUGUUCAGUCAUGUAACUGGCCUCACGUGCCAGACCUACCCAGCUUUUGCCUUGACGAGCAUUACCCAUGAGUGGUGGGAGUGUCAUGUGACCUUCCUGCAUGUUGUCUAGCAGUGCCUGUCACUGUUCCUCUUCCCUCUCGUAACUCUUAAUCUUCUGCACAUUGUUACUAGUUGCACAAUGUCUACCUUUUAGAUACUCUCAAUAAUUCGGACGCUACGAUUGCUUGGACAUUACUGUUUGACUGAAAAUUACUGUUUGGCUGAACAUUACUGUUUGGCCGGACAUUACUGUUUGGCCGGACAUUACUCUAUGGCCGGACAUUACCGUUUGGCCGGACAUUACUCUAUGGCCGGACAUUACCGUUUGGCCGGACAUGACUGUUUAGCCGGGCAUGACUGUUUGGCCGGAUUUUAAGUCUAGUAUGGACUCUACGCAUUAUUUGAAUGCCGCACAUGAUGGUGAGGCUGUAUGGUGCGAGGUCUUGAUGCCGCUUCUAAUAAGAACGUUACGCUGUACUCAGACGCCGCCGGCCAGCAGGUUCAACCAGACACGAAAUUGUACACGCAUAAAAUUGAUAUAACACAAAGCUGGUUAAGACAAGAUAGUUAUGGUCCUUAUGUUAGCCAAGUUUAGAGGUUACUAUCCUGGUUAUGUGCAGUCGUAGGCAGGGGUGAGUAUCCUUCACUAGCGUAACACCUUGUAGUAGUGUCCUAAUUAUGUCUAGUAUUUUGAUUUUUUUUGUGGUUAAUAAAAUGUACCUCUAA